GGACAUGAUAAAAAUCACAAGAAGUGCAAAUUCUCUCCCAUUAUCUUUUCUUGGCUCAAGGCUACAAGCACAGGAAUUAAAGCAAAAGGGAGGACAGACAGGUUGAGGAGGAGGAGGAGGAAGAAGAAGAGAAAGCCCAAUUAAAGGCAGAUGCGGCAAUGCAAGGCUGGCCAUGGUGGUGGCGGUGCUGCUAUCCAACUCUAAUCUAGAUUUCCUUUCUAUCUUUAGGAGGAGGUAGCUGCUUUGGAUUUGCGUUUGCAUUUGCUUGUGCCGUGUGGAGAGGAGGCAGAGGAGAGGAGACAGGGGAGGAGGAAGAAGGUGGGGGGCGCCAAAACAGAGGAGCCCUCCCCUGUUUCUUGCUCCUUCUCCUGGUUGGUUUCUUCUCGCUCCUCUCCCUGUUUGAUUUUCUUGGUCAUUGCCGGCGGCACCUUGGUCGGGCCGCCGCGUUGGCGUUGGCGGCAUGGGGUGCGCCGUGUCGAAGGGGGCGGCGCAGGGAUCGCCGGGGUACGAGGUGUCGUCGGCAUCGGGGUACGAGGCGGUGUCCAGGAGCGCGUCGGCGUCGGCGUCGAUAUGGAGCAGGCCUAUGCGGCUGGAGGCGCUUGAUCUUGGCGGCGAUGGGGAGGAGCAGGAAGACGUGCGCGGCAGCAUCGUCGUCGCCGGCGCCGGCAACCUGCACCGCUACAUCGAGUGCGAGCAGGCGGCGGCCGGGUGGCCAGCGUGGCUGAGCGCCGUGGCCGCCGAGGCGGUGCAGGGGUGGGUCCCUCUCAAGUCCGAGAACUUCGAGAAGCUGGAGAAGAUCGGGCAGGGCACGUACAGCAGCGUGUUCCGCGCGCGGAGCCUGGAGACGGGCCGCGUGGUGGCGCUGAAGAAGGUGCGGUUCGACAGCUUGGAGCCGGAGAGCGUUCGGUUCAUGGCGCGGGAGAUCGUCGUGCUCCGCCGGCUGCAGGGCCACCCCAACGUGGUCGGCCUCCAUGGCCUCAUCACCUCCCGCUCCUCCCCUAGCAUCUACCUCGUCUUCGAGUACAUGGAGCACGACCUCGCCGGGCUCGCCUCGUCCUCCGCCGCCGACAGCUCCUUCUCGCAGCCCCAGAUCAAGUGCUACAUGCGGCAGCUGCUGGCGGGGCUGGAGCACUGCCACGCGCGCGGGGUCAUGCACCGGGACAUCAAGUGCGCCAACCUGCUCGUCAGCGCCGACGGGCAGCUCAAGAUCGCCGACUUCGGCCUCGCCAACCUCUUCUCCUCCUCGCCGCAGCAGCCGCCGCUCACCAGCCGCGUCGUCACGCUCUGGUACCGGCCGCCGGAGCUCCUCCUGGGCGCUACCGCCUACGACCCCACGGUGGACCUUUGGAGCGCCGGCUGCGUCUUCGCGGAGCUCCACGCCCGCCGCCCCGUGCUCCAGGGCCGCACCGAGGUCGAGCAGAUCCACAAGAUCUUCAAGCUCUGCGGCUCGCCGCCCGACGCCUACUGGCGCCGCCUCGGGAACGUGUCGUCCUCGUCGUCCGUCUUCCGGCCGCAGGUCCCCUACGAGAGCCGCCUCGGGGAGACCUUCGGGUCCGCAAUGCCCGACGCCGCGCUGCGCCUCCUCGGCACCCUCCUCUCGGUCGAGCCCGCCGCCCGCGGCACAGCCUCCUCCGCCCUUGCCUCGGACUACUUCGCCCACGCGAGCGAACCACCGUCCGCGAUGAUCCCUCCCAGGUGCGCGGCGCCGAACAGGGAGAUGGACGCUAAGCUCCGGGAUGAAGAAUCGAGGAGGAGAAGGAACGAGACGGCGAAGCGGCUGUCGAGGGCGCACAGGAGCAUGCAGGACACCAGCAGCAGCCAGCGGCAUCACGGCCACGUCCACGCCGAGGAGUCGCUCCCUCUGGAAGUCCAACCGGUGGUGGCCGCCAGCAAGCGCCAUGACGACGACGCCCGGCCAACGCCGCCGCCGCCGUGCGCCAGGCAGGAGGAGGACGCGCCGGCUCGGCUCGCCGACUACGCCGCUCUCAGCGCCGGCCCCGUGCAGCUCGCAGCGUCCACUGGAUUCGCGUGGGCCAAGAAGCCCAGAGUACCCGACGCGGCGGCGACCAAGAGGAGCUCCUCCAGGAGGACCGACGGAGGCGACGCCGCAAGCACAAAAACAACCACCACCACCACAACAGCUCCAUACGAGGUGGAGAAGCAGGAGAUGAUCAAGCAGUGGGCUCAGGUUGCAGAGGCCUUCGGCUCAUCCCAGCCCUACAACAGCAGCAGGUCCAUCAGGGAGCCACUGGACGGCAAGCAGCUCAAGACCAGCAAGAAGAACAAGGGGAAGAAAAUGGAGAGGGUGGACUACUCGGGCCCAUUGCUUUCGCGCGUCGACGAUCUUCUGCACCUGCAGAGCCACGAGCAGCAGAUCCGGCGAGCUGGCCGCCGGUCGUGGUUCCACAAAGGAAGCAAGAGGGAGCAGCAGCACUGAGAAAGGGGUACAAACGUAUGCCAUGAUCAUAGUUCAUACAGACAGAACUGCAGCAGCUGAAGUUCGUCUUCUCUGCUGAAUGCUGAUGCAAUCAAAUCUUGGCAGCGAUGCGCGCCAAGCGUGCUAGGCCCUGUGUAGAAGAAGGCUGGGAUUUUUUUUUUGUUUCCCCGACUCCUGCUGGGAAUUGAAAUGUUUCACGCAAAAUUCCCACGUUUCAAACGGGAAUGGUUACCAUUCAGGCUUUCUGUAUAGCAAGAUUGUAUAGAGCUGCCGAUCCACAAUGCACGUACCGUAGCGUCCACUUCUUUGUCACUUCCAUCUCCUGUAUUCUUCCCUCGUCACUAGCCCAGUCGGUUGUGUACUGCUAAUAAUAUGCCGCACUUGUUUGUGCUUGCUGCUCA